UCAGCAAAACGACCAAGCAGACCGUCAGCCGACUGCAGAAGCUCGUCUCGUUUGAGGGCAACUUCCGCAACCUGCGUGACACGCUGCACCGCUGCGACCCGCCGUGCAUCCCCUACCUGGGCAUGUACCUGACCGAGCUCAGCUUCAUCGAGGAGGGCACGCCCAACUUCACCGACGACGGUCUGCUCAACUUCGCCAAGAUGCGCAUGAUCGCGCACGUGAUCCGCGAGAAUCGCCGGUUCCAACAGACGCCGUACAAGAUCGAGUACAACGCCAAGGUGUCGGCCUACCUACUGGAUACGUCUGCGUGCGGCCUCAGCAACGACGACCUCUACGAGAUGUCGCUGUCGAUCGAGCCGCGCACAUCUCGCAUCUCUUCGCUGACGGUGCCCACGAGCCACGGCGGCGACGGCGUGAGCAAGAUCAAGCCGCGACUCUCCAUGGGCAACCUCGGCCGGAACCUGGUGCCCAGCAUAGACUCGCGGCGCAGCUCGUUCUCGUAGUGCUGCCGACGAGACGGCGCCGGGCGGCUGAAGGGGUCUGUCGUCUGCGCCGGGCAGGAGGGCUCCGCCCGCACCUCGUGGGCAUCAGGCAGGCCGCCUGCCCGGGCGCCGGGGAUAUCGUAAGACGCGCAUCCCCGCGCGGUGUGGGCACCUGGUGGCGGGUACCGAGGACUUCUGCAGAGGCUCCUGAAGGCGGCUCCCUGUCCCUGCCUCACCGUGGAGCGCCGAGUGUGGUGUACAUACAGUGCCGUAG